UGAGGAGCGAGCCGCAUUGAUUCUCAAAAUUUCUGAAAGUUGGUCAAGUUCAUAGAUUUUUUUGAUGAAAUUUAAUUUAAAUUUUGUAUAUAAAAUCAUUAUAUAAAUUAUUAAAAAUGGCAGAUGAUUUGUUCGAUGCAUCUUCUAAGGUGGCAGAUAAAGAUCUACAAGAAUUUCUCGUUAUUGAGAAACAAAAAGCUCAGUUUAAUGCCCAGAUCCAUGAAUUCAAUAACGUUUGCUGGGAUAAAUGUAUAGAUAAGCCGACAAAUAAACUUGAUUCAAAGACUGAAGUAUGUCUGAGCAACUGUGUAAACCGAUUCAUUGAUGUUUCUUUAUUGAUUACGAAGAGAUUUGCCACUAUGCUUCAAAAAAGUAGUGAUGGCUUGUUAUAGUCUUCGGUAUCUUAUGUUUCCUUAAAAAUUGUAUCAAUUUAAGGUGUUUUGUUAGUAAUAAUUAAAUUUUUUUUAUUAGUCA